ACGUGAAUGGAAAAGAGAAUAGACUCAGCUGCGGACAUAAUCUGAGCGAUAUCGCGGACAGGGCAGCUAAAAAGCACUGACAUCAUUCCCUUGGGCUGAUGUUCGCGGAAUGUUGUAACGGAUAGCAGUAGGUUGAUAUUUGUCAGAUUUACAAGCCAGUUGGUUGAAUGUACGUGGUGUACAGUAGCACCGAAACUCACUGCGUACCGCCCUAUUCUGCUUCUGUUGAUUCACGAUCAGAUCCAUCUGAACGACCGGCUGAUUCAGAAGGAGAGAACAGCAGACUGGAGCACUCUCAUGUUGGCUCCGUGAAUUUAGCCGAGGCAAAAGACGACGGAAGACGAACCUUCAGGAUUACGCUAUAUUGAGCCUGAUUCUGUUUUGUUUUUUUACCAACUUCCUAGUUGUCUUUAAACGGCGCAUUUUUAAUUGACAGUAUCUGUCAGUUUUGUAGUACGUAACAAAUUUAGGUGUAACAAUUUAUUUUUUGUUUCCUGAUUUACAUUUACAAGAAGAUUGUUGGAGUGUAAGGACUUUGCUCCCAUCCCUUUUUUUUUACUCUAUUUGUCUGGCUUCUCCUUCUGUUUAUUGUUUAAACACGACUCCCUGUUACAGAUAAGAGGAAGAUAUUACUUCAUUAAUGGAAUUUUCCCAACGGGGAAACUAACUGGGAUUUGUUGAGACAUUAACAAACAUUCUUUUGCGUAUCUGGAGUGUACGUGUUCUUGAGGUUUUGGCCUUCACUGAAAUCGCUCUGUGAAAGGAACUCCUCUAACCCAAGCUCGCUGACCUCUCUAAGGACUCAAUUGGGAGAACAUUACAAGGUUGUUCUUGGGAAAUGGGAUCUGAAAAGGACUCUGAAUCACCCCACUCCUCUGUUAGUGGCAUUCCCAAUCCGAAAUGCCGUGGGCCGGGCAAGAAGCAAGGCAGGAUCUCUUUUCAUAGUCUCUUCCAUGGCAAACGUGGAUCCAGGGGGAACAAGGCUAAUGUGGGCACUCCUCUCGCACAGCAACUGCACCAACAGCAACAACUCCAGCAACAGCAGCUUCUCCAGCCUCCCACACCCACAAAUGUGUCGUCAGACCCAUCUAUGGCAGACCCGGCUGAGGCUCUAUCCACUAGCCAGGCCUCUUUGGGAGGUCAAGAACUCCUAGAGUGUCCCUUGUGCCUGGUGCGUCAACCUGCGGAGCAGCUUCCUGAGCUCCAGGGAUGCAGCCACCGGUCUUGCCUGUGCUGUCUAAGGCAGUACUUUCGUAUCGAGAUUACGGAGAGCCGAGUGCAGCUCAGCUGUCCAGAGUGCGCCGAGCGACUUGCCCCACGGCAGGUGGCCCUCAUCUUGGACGAUCCCAACCUGAUGGACAAGUAUGAAGAGUUCCUGCUGCGCCGCUGCUUGGCAUCGGACCCUGAUUGCCGAUGGUGUCCUGCUCCCGACUGUGGUUUUGCAGUCAUCGCCUCUGGAUGUGCCAGCUGCCCCAGGCUGGUGUGUCGAAGAGAAGGGUGUGGUGCUGAGUUCUGUUACCACUGCAAGCAAGCUUGGCAUCCUAACCAGACCUGUGACUCUGCCCGCCAGCAAAGGGCGCUGUCAUUGAGAACACACAGUAACCAUUCACCCAGCUACACGGCUGAGCAGGGACACGCUGAUGACAUCAAGCCUUGCCCCCGAUGCGGUGCCUACAUCAUCAAGAUGAACGACGGCAGCUGUAAUCACAUGACCUGUGCUGUGUGCGGCUGUGAGUUCUGCUGGCUCUGUAUGAAGGAGAUUUCAGACCUGCACUACCUCAGUCCAUCAGGUUGUACAUUCUGGGGAAAGAAGCCAUGGAGUCGCAAAAAGAAGAUUCUGUGGCAGCUUGGCACUUUGAUCGGUGCACCGGUGGGCAUCACUCUAAUCGCUGGCAUCGCAGUUCCUGCUAUGGUUAUCGGCAUCCCUGUUUACAUUGGACGCAAGAUCCACUCGCACUAUGAGGGCAAGAAAACGUCACAUCACAGGAGGAAUCUCGCCAUUACUGGUGGUGUGGCUCUGUCAAUCAUCACAGCUCCAGUCAUCGCUGCUGUCAGUGUGGGCAUUGGUGUCCCCAUCAUGUUGGCAUAUGUGUAUGGUGUCGUGCCCAUCUCUCUGUGCCGGGGCGGAGGCUGUGGGGUGAGCCGGGGGAAAGGUCGCGGUGUUAGGAUAGACUUUGAUGAUGAUGACGGGCCUAUUACAGUUGCUGAUGCAUGGCGAGCGCUGAAAUCUCCCAGCCUGGGCGAGAGCAGUUUGGAGGGAGGAGCCAGCGGCCUCAGUACCACCUCUCCAAGCGAUGGCCUAUCCGUCGCCCCUGGGGGUCUGGGAGACACGCCACACUUCAACACACUAGCAGGAGGAGCACUCGGUGCCAGGACAGGAAAAUACAGCAGGCUGGAGGUGCAGGGGACAGAGCUGGGAAAGGAAAGUGCCGGCAGGGAGACGGGCAGCUUGGGAGCAGCCAGUGACUGUGCCAGCACAAGGGGCAUGGCAGGAUCUAUCACUUCUUCUUACGUACCUGACAGAGAGGGCACUAACCUCGAGAUCCAGGUGGACAUCGAAACUAAACCGAGCCAUCUGUGUCUAACCACUGAAGAGGAUCUGGCUCCGCCCACUGUUGCCAUGGUGCCCGGCUCGGGGGAGGAGCCUCAGGACUGCAGUUCCCGCAGGACCGGGGUUGUCCUGGAUUCCCCUCUGGGCCUGUCGCCGGGAAUGUCACUCAGGGAGGGUCUCCGAGACGUCACCCUAGCUCAGCCGGAGAGCAUCCGCAGCGACCUGGAGAUGUCCGACACGCAGUCAGACGACAUCGCGGAGCUCACGUCCGACGACUGCGACUCGCCCCGUCCCAAGAGCUGCCACCCCGCCCCCCCGCCGCAGACCACCUGCAGAGCCUUGAACCCCACCGACAGCCUGCACUGUCCCGACAAUGUCAUUCUUUACGUGUGAGAGAGACUCUCGCCAUUGCACAAAGCCAACCGUUUCUGAGCUUUUGACUUGUUAAUGCUUUACCUGUUAUUUUGCUGCUUUUUAUAAUUCUCAAAAACACCUUACUUGCAUCCAGACAACUCAUGGAACUGACAGCUCAUCGCUCUGCUCUCCUGUCCCGUCUCUCAAUUACGGGCACGGACAGGUCCUCUACCUCUUCAGAAAUUCAUACUGUUAUUCAUUAGUUGGUGUUUACUUCUCGAUGGAGCAAUGCCUCGAGCAACAACAACAAAAGCGGUACCAUCGUGGCCAGAAGAUAACAAACAAACAGACAAAUAAUGCUACAAAGUGAAAUGUCAACAAGCACAUGUAUACGUGAGUGGUUUGUAUGUGGAUGACACAUGACAGUAUUGUUUGUAUGUUUGUUAUUCUUCGUUUUUUUAUUAAAUCGACCUGGAAAUUGUAUGAUUUUUUGCAUGCGCUGCGCUAGUAUUGUUUUGGUCACGUUUGCACAGAAGAACACACACUUCAGAGUGAGAGAGAUCAGUAUGGGGUUCACUAGCAGACAGUUUGACUUGAAUCACUGACUGCCUGCCUUACAGACCGAGCACAUGCUCUCAGAUCCCUUACACUGUCUGUGACUCACUGACUACACUGUUUGUGCCCUCUUGAGCUGAGCUGAGAGACGGAUGUAUGUGUGGAUCAUGUUUACCAGUGUUGAUUUUAUUGCUGGGUAUUAAAGCAUAUAGUAUAUCAAGGAUGGAACUGACAUUCACAUGCAUGUCUGUUGUUAUUAAUGUUAUUAUUUGAUUAUGUUUUUUGGCCUAUUUUAUCUACAUGGCUUUUCAAGCGUUUCGUUUUUCGCAAUUGCAGUUUUAUUUUCAGCUGGACGGAUGGAUGGAGAGAGAUGGGUUGGUUGGAUGGAUGAGCACUCCUGCACUUUAUCCAACUAUUUAUCGUUGUUCUACAUUGUAGGCUUAUAUUUAUGCACUCCCUUUUUUGUUUUCUUUGGAUUUCACCUUCUCUGGGAAAUGUUUGAAUGCCGUAGUUAUGAUUUUGUUAUUUAAUUUUGGAUGUGAUGAAAUAUUGUCGUUUUGUUUUGCAUUCUUAACAUGCUAUGCUUUCUGAAUCUCAUAAUUAUAUUUGGCUUCAGAGAGAAUCCUCGGUUUGUACAUGUAAUGAUGGAUUAGCUUUGUAUUGUAAUCACAAAAAAUGGAUUUGUGGUUGUCACAUAUUUUGCUCUCUUUUUAUUUUUAUUUUUUGGUAGUGUGAAGAUGCGUUUCUAUUUUUAGGUUUAUGGGCAGAUUCUUAAAACUACUUGAUAAUUUGACUAUAAACUGGUUAUUGUGAAAUGAGUGUUAACAACUAAAUUCAGUUAUGUAAGCAAUAUGCUGAAGAGAAGGUGUGUUCAAUCUGGCGUUGUUUUGUACAUCCCCACAAAGAUAAGUGCACUGGCUGUGAGUGUUUGAAACAACAUAAAAAAAUUAAACAUUUCCUCCUUUGUGGCAAA